AUGUACAUUGUAGCCGCACACAUACAGCACUACGCACAUUCAACGAGACUUAGAGACCCAGAGACCCAGAGACCCAGAGACCAGAAACCCAGAGACACAGGGACCCAGGGACACAGGGACACAGAGACCCAGGAACCAAGAGACCAAGAGACCAAGAUACCAAGAUACCCAGAGACCCAAGAGACCCAAGAGACCCAGAGACCUAGAGACCCAGGGACCCAGGGACACAGAGACCCAAAGACCCAGAGACACAGAGACACAGAGACCGAAGAGACCCAAGAGGCCCAGAGAACCAGAGACCCAGAGACCAAGGGACCCAGAGACACAGAGACACAGAGACACAGAAAUCCAGAGACCCAGGGACCCGGGGACCCAGGAACCCAGAGAUGCGCAGAGACCCAGAGACCAAGAGACCUAGAGACCCAGAGACCCAGAGACCCAGAGACCCAGGAACCAACAGACCCAGGGACCAACAGACCCAGAUACCCAGACACUCAGAGACACAGGGACCCACGGACCCAGAGACCAAGAGACCCAGGGAGCCAGGAAUCCAGAGACCAAGAGAUCAACAAACUCAGAGACUCCGGGACCAAGAGACCCAGAGAACCAGAGACCCAGAGACCAAGGGACCCAAGAGACCCAGAGACCCAGAGACACAGAAAUCCAGAGACCAAGGACCCAGGAACCCAGAGAUGCGCAGAGACUCAGAUACCCAGGGACACAGCGACCAAGAGACCCAGAAACCUAGAGACCCAGGGACCCAGAGACACAGAGACACAUAGACCAAGAGACCCAAGAGACCCAAGAGACCCAAGAGACCCAAGAGACCCAAGAGACACAGAAACCCAGAAACCCAGAGACCCAGGGACGCAGGGACCCAGGGACUUAGAGACCCAGAGACCAAGGAACCCAGGGACACAGAAACACAGAGACCAGGAGACCAGGAGACCAAGAGACCAAGGGACCCAUAAACCCAGAGACCAAGGGACCCAGAGACCAAGAGACACAGAAAACAGAAACCCAGAGACCCAGGGACCCAGGAACACAGGACACAGGGACCCAGGGACCCAGGAACCCAGAUAUACAGAGACCCAGAUACCCAGGGACCCAGCGACCAAGAGACCCAGCGACCAAGAGACCCAGGGACCCAAGGACCCAGGGACCCAGGGACCAAGAGACCCAGAGACCCGAAGAUCCAAAAACCCAGAUACCCAGAGACCCGGAGACCCAGGGACCCAGAGACCCAAAGACUCGGAGACCCAGAAACCCAGAUACCCAGAGACCCAGAGACCUAGAGACCCAGGAACCCAGAGACACAGAUAA